AUGGAAGUGGAGAACUGCACUGUGUUUACAGAGUUUAUCUUCUUAGGACUUUCUAAAAGUCAGGAUAUGCAACUUGGACUCUUUGUAUUUUUUCUUUUUGUUUAUGGCACAACUGUGGUUGCCAAUGUAGGGAUGAUCUUGCUGAUCAAGAUGGAUUCCAGACUUCAUACUCCCAUGUACUAUUUCCUGAGCAAUCUGUCUUUCUGUGAUUUCUGUUAUUCCUCAUCUGUCUCUCCCAAGAUGCUGGCUGAUAUUUUAUGUGAGAAAAAGAGGAUUCCAUAUAAUAUCUGUCCCAUACAAAUGUUUACUUUCUGUGCAUUUGGUGAUGUGGAAAUUCUCUUGUUGGCUGUUAUGGCAUAUGACCGUUAUGUAGCUAUUUGCAAUCCACUUCUUUAUACAGUAGCCAUGUCUAGAAGACUCUGUACCCUGCUGGUUUUUCUCACCUACUUCAUGGGUCUUCUAGAUUCUGCAAUUCACACCUGUUUAGCUUUCAGGUUGUCCUUCUGCAAUUCCAAUGUCAUCAAUCACUUCUUCUGUGACUUUCCUCCCUUGUUAGCACUUUCCACUUCAGACACGUUUAUUAAUGUGAUAAUGCUAUUCAUACUUGGAACCAUUAUUCUGGGGUGCAGCAUUUUCACUGUUCUCCUCUCUUACAGCUACAUUAUUGUUACCAUCCUUAGAAUGAAAUCAGCUGAGGGGAGACGCAAAGCCUUCUCUACCUGUGCCUCCCACUUAUGCACAGUGGCUCUCUUCCAUGGCACACUUCUCUAUAUGUAUUUCAGACCCAGUUCCAGUUACUCUAUGGACACUGACAAAAUUACUUCUGUGUUCUAUACAGUUAUCAUCCCUAUGUUAAACCCAUUAAUCUAUAGUUUAAGAAAUAAGGAUGUAAAAGGUGCCCUGAAAAAAGCAAUCAGUACUAAAUUAUGUCUUCAUAUUUUGGGACCCGUAAUUGGCCUUCUUUUGCUCAUUUCCUUUGGCCCAUGGGCGUUUCGUAAGCUGACCGACUUUAUUAAGCAGCAGGUUGAUUCUAUCGGUGCCAAGCAAGUGGCUGUGCACUACUCUAAGCUGAAUGCUUCAGAGCAGGACCAAACUGAUGAAGCUGAGCUGCAAAUAGAAGGUUUCCAGAGACGUGCCCGCAAGGGCCUCUCGGAAAGACCCAGGCUGUGGUUCUGCCAAUGA